AUGGUCGAAGGACUAAAACAAAUCAAACUUCUUGGAGAAGGAGCAUUUGGAAAAUGCUAUUUAUGUGAGAAGCCUGAUGACAAAUCCAAAUGGGUUGUAAAACAAAUCGAUAUAUCAAGAAUGUCACCUCAAGAAAAAAAGGAGGCUUAUCACGAAGCGAAAGUGAUGUCUGCUUUUGAUCAUCCCAAUAUCAUUAAAUUUCGAGACGUAUAUACAACUACAAAUGGGAAGUUAAAUAUUGUUAUGGACUAUGCAGAUGGUGGUGAUUUAGCUUCAAAAAUUCAAGCCCAAAGAGGAAGACUGUUCCCUGAAAAUCAAAUAUUAAAUUGGUUUGUCCAAAUUUGUUUAGCUAUGAAGCAUGUUCAUGAUAGAAAAGUGCUUCAUCGAGACAUAAAGGGUCAAAAUAUCUUCCUUAUGAGUAAUGGAAUGAUAAAAUUAGGUGAUUUCGGCAUUGCAAAAGUAUUGAGCCAUACUAUUGAUAAAGCAAGAACUCAAGUUGGAACUCCUUACUAUCUAUCACCUGAGAUCAUUCAAAACAAGCCAUAUAGUUUUAAAAGCGAUAUAUGGUCUUUGGGUGUAUUACUCUACGAAUUGUGUGCCCUUCGGCCACCUUUUGAUGGAAAUUCUAUUCAUCAAUUAUCAUUGAAUAUAGUUAAAGGAAAUUACUCACCCAUAGCAAAUCAAUAUUCAAGGGACUUAAAAAAUUUGAUUGGCCAAAUGCUUUCAAUUGAUCCAGGAAGAAGGCCCUCUUUGGCUCAAAUUCUUAGGAUGAAUUUCAUAAAAGAAAAAAUCCAAAAUUUUCUGGGAGAAACAAUCCGAGCCCAAGAGUUUUCACAUACAGUCUUGCACAACCAAAAUGUUUUCUCUGCUCAAGAUAAGAAAAAAGGUGAAGAAUUAAUACAAAAAAAGAACGAAGAGGUUAAAAGAAGGAACGAAGAAAUGAAAAAGAAAAGGGAAGAAGAGCAAAAGAGGGAGGAAGAAAAUAGGAGAAAGAAGGAAGAAGAAAUAAGGGAACUUGAAGAAGCGAAAAAGAGAGCGCAAGCUAGAGAAAAUUUUAAAGAGCAUUCUAAUGAAGAAAGCAAAGAUCCUUAUAGAAGAGAUAUACCUCCUGCAAGAGAUGGAAUGAGAAAUCUUCCACCAAAAGGUGUACCUCCUAAGGAGAUUAAGAUUAAGAUUAAAAUUUUGCACGGUCAUAAGCAGACUCUCCACUAGCUAACUGCCUUGAUUCCAGAAAGGUAACCUACGCUGAAUAGAAACCAGAGUGCAAAUGGUGCCAGGCCAGCCAAAAUUCAACACUCUUGAUUAUUCUGAUGAGACGAACCUAAUCUUAAUCUACGGAUCAGCUCCCUAGGUUAGAGCUACCCAUAUAGGGUGCCCCGAUAAUCCUGAUAGAUGAAGACUAUUUGAGAGGGAAAAUCAUCUACCCCAUCCUGCAGGGACAGAAAACCUUCGGGGGAGAAACCAAUCCUGAAGGCCUAAUUCGAGAGGGACAAGGCCCUGCUUUCAGCUCAUCAGGAUGGGCUCUACCUGGGGCAUAGGGAGUGCGCCUUGGAGACCAAUUGGUCAACGCCACCAUUUUAUUUCUUCUAAGGAAAGGAAGCCGCAAGUAGCUGAUCUAAUUCAAAAAAUCCCCGAAUAUAAGCCUAAGCCAAAGGCUCCAAACCCAAAUCCAAAUCCGUGGUAUAUAGAGCCUAAAAAAGAAAAUCCAGAGCCUGCAUAUCAAGCCCUAUAUGAUAAGCCAAUUUCUCAUGAAGCACCACAAAUCCCUAAAUCAAAGCCUGCAUCUCAGCCACCAACUCCUCAGGCUAAGUUUCCAAUUGCUAAACACUUACUCCCCCCCCUCCGUGAGUGAACAAAACCAUUAGAAAAAUCGCCAUUUUUUGACCAAAAACCCACCCUCCGUGAGUGAACAAAAAUUUUUUUAAUAGAAAAAUUUUUUAUGGAAAAAAAUUUUGAUAUAUAAAAUGAUAAUUAAUAUAAUGAAAUCUAGAGCUAAUUCUGUUUAAUUUUAAAUGAAUUGCAUUUUAAAACAUAAAUUUUAUAAAUUAAAUUAAUAUUUGCUUUCAAAUUUUUGCAAAUUAGGAUUUUUUUAAAUUUCAAAAAAAAAAUUUUUUAUAAAAUUUAUAUAUAAAUUUUUUUAAAAAAAAAAAAAAUUAACCCCCCUCCGUGAGUGAACAAAAUUUUUUUGUUCACUCACGGAGGGGGGGGGAGUUAGAAGAUGAGCUAAAACCCAAAAAAGAUUUUAAUCUCUCGGUCCAAUCAGAAAAACAGCGAGCUAAAGAAAAAGACAAAGCUCAAAAAAGACUUGAAGAACUGCGCAAGCAAAAAGAAAAACUCCUCAAAGAUUCUUAUUUAAAAGAGCAAGAAGAUCUAACUUCCCCAACAAUAAGAAGCUCUUGCUUAUUUGUGGAAUUAAUAUAUCAAAAUUUGCUUAUUAUUAGGGAAUCAAAAAAUGCAAAUUUUGGGUAUCUAGUACCAAUAAUAAGAAAAUUUUGAUCUAUUAAUAUAAAUUUACUAUUUAAAUAUUCUGUGCUAAAAUCCCUGAUGAGCAAGAAUUUGCUUAAUACUGGGGGACGGAGUAAAAAAGAAAAAAGAAGCUUCAAAAGAAAAAGACGAGAGAAAGCAAAAACAAGACGAAGAAAGGAGAAAAAUGAUUGACGAAAUGAAAAGGAAAAAAAAGGCUGAGAUGAAAAACAAAAAAGACGAAGCUAUUGUGCAGUGGGUUGGAGAUGAAAGAGAUUAUGCUCAAAUAGAAAGAGAGCAAGAAAAACUAAUAAUUAAAUUGCAAGAAGCUAUAAUUGAGGGAGAAAAAAGUGAGGAAAUAGAGUCUGAAGUCUCUGAAUCAACUGCACCUACGGCAGAAGUAAGUGAGGGUGAAGAUAUCGUAGAUAGGGUGGAUGAGCUUGAAAAUCAAGAAAUCUUACCCUAUGAGCCUCCUCAAAUUUUGCCUGUCAGUGAUCCAGAGAAUACUUAUGAUAAAUCAGUAAAAAUUAUUCAAAACUUUUUCCAAGAAAAAGUAAGUGAGCCCUGCUCUGAGUAUCAAAGCUCAAGAUAUGGACAGCUUGAAACUUUAAGACUAUACCUUGAAGAGAAGUUAGGGCAUGAAAAAUUGUUAAAAGCAUAUGAAAUUGUAAAAGAUCUGUGAGAUAAGGAAGAGAGAGAAUGAAGCUAUGAUGAAUGCAAAAAAGAGUUGAUAGGAGUUUUAGAUGAAGAAAUAAUCAAUGAAUAUUUAUAUAGCCCACACCUCUAUAUAGAUUUAUUUAUCGAGCAGAAAUGCUAUAGAUAAUUGAACAACCAAGACAGAUUUUAUCAAAUGGAUGUGCUUAAUUUCUAUACCAGAAGGGCUAAAAAAUUGGCAAGCAAACUCUCCAAUUUUAAAUGGUUUAUUAUUAAAUUAAUUUUAAAUUUGAUACCCUUAUAUUUAUAUCGGUUAUAAGCAACUUUAAAAACAAAGAAAUGAAGGAGUAAAAUUUCUGAAACUGCUACAAGACUUUCGAGAGUGGAAAACAUUCAUAAUUCAUGAUCCCUAUAUUAUGCAAAAUGCCCAGUCAUUUCUAUGAUAGCUUCCCUAUGAUAGCUUCCAUAUAGCAGAAUUCUACAAUAAACUCAAAAAAAGUAACAUGAAGAAAAACUGACACUGGACUGUGCAGUCUAUUAGUAAAAAUAUAAUAGAUGCGCUUUCCAUAUUGCAGAGCAUGAGGGUUAUGAAUUAUAAAUGUUUUUAGCCUUGAAAGUCUUGCAGAGGUUCCAGUAAUUUCACUCACUUGAUUUCUUCAUUUUCUAUAAUUUAGAUUAUUAACAGAAACGCCAAAAUGAAAAUCUCUCGGAAAUGACUGAGCACCUUGCAUAAUAUAGAGGAUGAAUAUUUCCAUUCUCAAAAGUCUUGCAACAGUUUCAGAAAUUUUAUUUCUUUAUUUCUUUUUAAAGUUGUCAUUAGCGAUAUAAAUAUAAAUAAAAGGGUAUCAAUUUAAAAUUAAUUUAAUAAUAGACCAUUUUAAAAAUUGGAGCGUUUGUUUGUCAAUUUGUCAACCAUUUUUUGACAUGUCAUUUUUAACCCUUCCUGGAUUAGAGAUUCAGCUCGUCCAUUUUAUAGAGUCUUAAUGGUUCAAUUAUCCAUUGCAUUCUGUUCGAUAAAGAAAUCUAUAUAGGAGUAUGGGCUAUAUUUGAUUCAUUCUAUGAUUAUUGUAGAAUCCCGAGCAGAGGAAGGGGAUUAA